AUGAGGCCAGCAUUGCUGGCAUGGGCGUUAGCUGCCGUAUUGACAACAUCACUCGCCGCGCCGCCGACCGUGUUAUCCAAAGAUGCCGUCUCAGGAGAGACCAAUGCUGAGGGAGGGGACGCUGUUAAAUACACCACCUUCAAUGGCAUUCAGGUGCCUCCAAUGAAGGAGAUUCAAGGCGACGAAUUUGCAGAAACCAUCAAAAACGGUUACUGGUGGGUGAAGCAUUAUUCACCAUAUUGCGGCCAUUGCAAAGCGAUCGCGCCUCAUUGGCAAACCUUGUACGAAUUCUAUGUGACAUCAGAUCCUCUCCAAGGGCGGACAAAGGCUAGUCAGCCAGAUUUGGACUCGCCCAACAGUUUCCACGGAUUUUACAAUUUUCAUUUCGCUUCAAUAAACUGUAUAGCUUUUGGAGAUGUCUGCGAUAAGAAUGGGGUGAUAGGAUGGCCGUCGUUUAUGUUGUACAAAGAUGGCGAAUUCGUUGAACGAUAUUCGGGAGAGCGAACCAUGGAGGGCUUUAGCAAUUAUGUGGAAGAAAAAUUAGAACAGAUCAAACCAGGUUCUAGACCGAGAGAAGGAGUCAAGGUACCCGAACCGGGCGCGAAAAGUAUUGAUCGAACUUCCGCACCAGAAAAGCCCCUUGCGAAGGACAAGGAUGCUGCUGCGGGAGUGGCUGCGGGAGAAAAGCAGAACAAAGAGGCCGCCGAAAUCCUGACACAAACAUCGUCGGCAAUGCUGGCGUCGGAGACCGCGAGGCUGGGCCGGCCCAAGAAUGCGAAGAGCGGACCACUACCAAACCCCAAGGGCACGUCGAUUCCCUUGACGCCCGAGUCAUUCCAAAAACUGGUCACUACAUCACAAGACACAUGGUUCAUCAAAUUCUAUGUACCAUGGUGUUCACACUGUCAACACCUGGCCCCCACGUGGGCUGAAAUGGCCAAAGAAAUGGAGGGCAAACUCAACGUCGGCGAGGUGAACUGCGAACAAUCCCCACGACUGUGCAAAGAUGCCAAAGUCAACGCCUAUCCGACGAUCUACUUCUUCCGGGGUGGGGAACGUGUCGAAUAUGAAGGCCUUCGAGGUCUUGGUGAUUUGCUCUCUUUCGCAAACAAGGCACUGGAUAGCGAUGUCAAAUAUGUCGACGCUGCCGCAUUUAAGGAGAUGGAGGAGACCGAAGAAGUCAUUUUUGUCUAUUUCUUCGACGACGCCACUACCUCCGAGGACUUUGCCGCGCUGGACCGCUUGACGUUGAGCUUGAUUGGGCACGCAAAGAUUGUCAAGACCGAUUCCGAAAUCUUAGCCAACCGUUUCAAGAUCUCCACGUGGCCGAGGCUGCUGGUGUCUAGAGACGGGAGGCCCAGCUAUUACAAUGCCCUGACUCCGAAGGAUAUGAGAGAUUUCCGGCGCGUCUUGACCUGGAUGCAAUCGGUCUGGUUGCCGAUUGUACCAGAAUUGACGGCGUCGAAUGCGAAAGAAAUCAUGACUGGACGAUAUGUCGUGUUGGGCAUCCUCUCUCGAGACCGACCGGAUGAAUUCUUGCAAUCACGACGGGAACUCAAGAACGCCGCUCUAGAGUGGAUGGACAAACAGACCCAAGCUUUCCAACUUGAACGGCAGGAAAUGCGCGAUUCCAAACAAUUGAGAAUCGAAGAAGCCGAAGAUCGUAAUGAUCAACGCGCAUUGCGACAGGCCAAGAGUUUGGUCAUCAGUAUCACCGAAGAAAAUUUCCGCAAGGGAGUCAGCUUUGCUUGGGUUGAUGGUGUGUUCUGGGAAAGAUGGCUUAGAUCGACCUACGGUGUCGAUGUUUCAAAUGGUGAACGCGUGAUUAUCAACGAUGAAGAUAAUCGACGUUAUUGGGACGUCACCGACUCAGGCGCCUACAUUGUGCCUUCGAGAACCUCAAUCCUCGAAACCCUGACGCGAAUCGUCGCAACACCACCAAAACUGACCCCCAAAUCCACCAUCGGCACCUUUGAAAACAUCUUCUUCCAGAUCCGCAAUUUUGGCACCUACCAUCCUUACUUCUCGUUCGCUCUGCUGAUCUUGUCCGUCGCGGCGCUCGUCUACGUCUUGAAGAAUGGUACCACGAUCAGAAGGAGUUUGAGUAGGAAUAGCAGUGGAUAUUUUCAUCUUGAUGGAAAAGAAGGAUUGUUGGGUACGACAAACGGGAAGGCGGAUUAA